AUGGGACCACCGAUUGCUGUGGGGGAAGCAGAAAGAGGAGGAGAUUGGGGAGUGCGAGUGAGGUGCCCGAUUGCCCCAAAUUCUAAGGGGAUUGUCACUGAAUCUCCAGGGUUGAGGUGCAGAGAAGGAGUGAGUGAAGACACGGAUGACGCUGAGUCGGAAGAUGAGUGUCGGAACACAGGAGAACCGGAACCCCAGAGCAGUAGUUCUUUGACUCAGAGACUGAUGUGGCUGAGACAAAGACGAGUCAGAGCAUCGCAAAGUUCUUGGCAUCAUAAAUUAAGCGCGACCGAAUCUCCCUCUCCUCAAAAUUCAAGAACGUCUCAAAAUUUUACGAACAUCUCUUUGGGAUCAGCUAAAUCUUCUCCGGUCCGUGUACAGUCUCCUGCCAAGCCUAAGAAAACAAAACGAUUUCUAAGAUCAUCAUCAUCGAAAAAAUCCUACCAAGUCACGACUGCCGUGGCCACAAAAUCCAGUUCCUCGAACUCCAGCUCUUCCAAUUCCAGCUGGUCUAACUCAGGACCAAGAAGAAGCCCAACAUCGCCGAGCUCUGAAGAGAACGAUUCAGGGUCCACCCACAGACUCGGCCGACCGUCCACUUCUCGCAGCGCUGUGUCCGAUUCCUUCCAUGCGCCCUCACCUUCUUCCCCUGCUUCAUCCCCCUCUUCGCCACCCCAAUCCCCACGCUGGCUCUUCGGAGGGUCGACCCUCGCUAGACCCUUAGUGGCGCUGGCCGUGCCCGGAAUGUUUCUGGUAUGCAAGUAUCACCAGUACAAGCGUGCUCACCAGGAGGCUUGUCGCAGGCGGGCUGCAGAGAGAGAACUACACCACCUCAACCACAAAAUUGCGAAACUACUGGACAAGCUAGACGAGCACGAGACGGAGAUGGCCCGCAGCCGAGAAGAAGAGUGUGUGAUCUGCGUGAACGCGAAGGCGACGAUGCAGACGUUCCCGUGCGGCCAUCGCGUCGUGUGCAGGAAAUGUUUUGUUAAAACAAUCCAGGUUGCAGUAUCGCAGCGUCAGUUGCCUCUGCGCUGCGUCGUCUGUAGGGCGAAANCCUCAGGUUGCAGUAUCGCAGCGUCAGCUGCCUCUGCGCUGCGUCGUCUGCAGGGCGAAGAUCCUGCGUCUGCGGCAGUCGACUUCAGGCAUCCCGUCGUCUCAGGUUCCUGUAGCGACGGCGAAGCCGGCCGCGUCCGCACCCCCCGCCCCCCCGCGAUUCCCGGGAAGAGGUCCAUCAAAACAAUUCCGUCCCCAUUGGGAUUACCGUCCCAGCCUGUUUCUUCUCAGCCCGCCAUCUUGUCCCCUCCUGCAAGCUCGGGCCUGCACCUUGGUCCCCUCAGUUCCCGUGGGCCCCUCAGUCCCCGAGGGCCCCUCAGUCCCCGGGGUCCUCUCAGUCCCCGUGGGCCCCUCAGUCCCUGUGGGCCCCUCAGUCCCUCUGGGCCCUCUCGGAGACUGGGGACGUCUCUGCACGUCGUAUCACGAUACCCCCACGACCCCAGACUGCCAGAGACGUUACGACGUCACGGUUACUACAUCGCUGAGCCCAUGCCACUGGGCGCCAGAAAUAUUAGAGUUCAUAUUAGAGAGAAUAAAAUUGCACCGCAGGAAGGUAUCGCGCGACUGCCAACCAUCACCGAGUGCUCUGAGGUGACGUCAGACAGGCAGACUGACAGACGCUCUGUCAUACGGUUGAGGGGCGCUCAGCGGCUACUAUCUCAGCUGGAGCUUCCCUCUGACAUUUGCCCACCCUCCCCACUUUCAUCUUCCCCCACUGCAUCAUUCUUGUCGUUGUCUUCCCAAUCAUCAUCAUCCUCUCUUUCCCUUUCUUCGUCAUCGUUAUCUUCCUUCAAGUCUUCUCUUGCAUCCCCUUUCCCGCCUAACAGUGGGGGAUCUUCCCCCCGUAUUCCGUCCCUCACUCCUCACACUCCUCCGUCCUCGCCAAAUUCCCCGUCGGAGAGAGUAAAUGAGUCAUCACCUCGAUGUUACUUCCAGCUACUCCCCAAACCCGGGGAAGCAGCACGUCGAAACGAAGAUAGCGAUGACAGUGAUAAUGGAAGUGAUGGUGAACAAGUUGAUUGUGAGGAACAUUAUUGUUGUUCAUCAUUUUCUAAGCGCGACGACUCGCAAGAUGGAAUAGGUUUUUACCGAAAAAUAUCAGAGUAUGAAGAAGAUCACGGAGGUUGUUCAUGGAACGAUCAGGCAAGGUGUGAGGGAGAAACCCCAAUGUCAAGUGCAGAACCGGAGGUCGAAAUUAAAAUAUGCCGAGACGAAACCGAUGGAUCUAUUACAACGGUCCAUUCAGCUUUAAGAUUGAGCAAAAGUACUCCAGUUUAUAAAUCAAGAGACGCAGCUGUACGAAAAGAUGUAGGGUUUUCUAGAUUUAUGGUUGACCCACCAAAAUGCGAACAAACUGGCACGAAAGAAGUCGUUUCUCGUACACGACAUGAAAUGAAGUACGAUCUAAUUUUGCCGAAAGACUCUUCUAAAAAAAUACCAAGCGACAUGAAGGACAAAAAGACCCCUAAUAACUGCAUUGUAAAGGAAGAGCAUGAGAAUGAUCACGUCACAAAGCAUCCUGUGAAUUCAAAGGAAACCGGAAAUACAUUAGCUCCUGCACAGGAAGGCUUGAAAUCCAAGGCAAAGAAGUCAACCGCAAAGCCAGGUAAGAAAAUUUCUACUUCGACUACUAAUGAGGCCAAGCUACCAAGCAAAUUCUCGUACAGAGAAAAUCCCAAGUACUUUUUCUAUAGCUACACAGGCGACAGCUCAACCGAGUUACCUCUCGCUGCUAUGGCAAGCAGCAGAAGCAGCUCGAGUUUGAAAACUGCUGCAAAAUCUACGGUGUCAAACCGGCCUAUGACAAAAAGCGUCUCCACCAAAAGCCUUUCGUCCAAGAACAAGAAUUCGUCCAAGAUACGUAGUUUGCCGAAGUCAUCGUCGAGUUCGUCUCGUCUAGCUAAGAAGUCUAACGGGACGCCCGAUGAGACAGUGAUUCGACCGGCAUCUUCCAGCAAAAGCAUCGCAAGUACUUCCUCCAAUUGCAGCAGCCGUAGUAGCACUAGUAGAUUAUCCACCAACAGCUCUGUGUCCUUCAGAAGUGCAGUUUCCUCGCAAAGUGUUUCAAGUUCCUCAAAGUCUACACUCUCUCGCGCGUCCAUUGCCCUAUCGUCAGCUGAAACUAAGGUUACUAAGUCCAUUUCAUUUACUGCCAGUUCGUGUCAUUCCAGUGCCUGCGAUGGUUCAUCUUCAACCACAAGUAAGAUAAGUAAAUCCCUCACGCACACUAAAACGCUGCCAAUCACCUCGGAGUCAACCACCGGGAACAAAAAAUAUUUGUCCUUUCACAGAAGUCAGACAAUGUCAAAAUCGUCUAGCUCGAAGAAAACCGGCUCAAGUGCGUAUACCAAUUCUUUGUCUAAACUGGAAUCUUUCUUCUGCAAGUCACCUUCCCCUAAUUACAAUUCGCUUGAGAGUAACUCGCCAGGUUCAAAAUACGACCCGUUAUCGAGUAGUAAAUCUUCCCGAGAAGGAUCUCUGAGUCGAGAGUUGGACUUGUCAUCCUGCUCCUCAUCUUCGGCUUCCACGGCCACUGUUCGGUCCUACAGAUCCUUGCUGCCUGCAGGACUUCGGAUCGGCCACGAGCCAUCAGCACUUCGAGACCGAGAAAACUGUGAUGGUCAAAGAAUUGGUAACGAAAUUCUUAGCUGCUCCCAAGGAGAUGGGGUAACGAAUUUACAUGGGAUAGAGAAAACAUCGAAGAAAAAGAUCCUCCUUGAAGAGACACGUCGCUCUGACAUGGAUAAAAAUGAAGAUGUAUCCAUAAAUGUAAGGAAAGAGAGGAUAGUACCGCCCUUCAAAGGAGGAAAAAGCAAGUCAUCGCGGCUUGGAAGAAGUAUAAAAGGUGUCAGUUGGAUGGAAGGAGUCAAAGAAGAUAAUAACAACACUCCAGCAAAAAAAGCCAAGCCCGCAACUGACAAUCGGAAAGGUGAAGGAGGAUCUCUUCGUGCCAGAGUAUUUUCGGGGCGAAAUUACUACAGGUUUAAAUGAAGAUCUUUUUUUAGAUGCAGAAAUAUAUUGAAAUUUUUAAAGCCGAGAAGUGAAAGACCGAGCAAUACUGGUGGAAUUAUAUUUACUAUCUUAUAUAUAGUAGAAAUGAAUGAGUUAGGAAAAUAUAUGGCUGCAAUGGGGCACGAAAUUCUCAAGAAACUGUGUCCCUGCUCUGAAGGACUGGACUAUUACAGUUGUAUAUGAGAGGAAAAGUUUUUGAAAAGCUUGGACGACUGAAGUUUUUGUUACGUUCGUAUAUUUGAAAGCGGGGAUAAGAAAGUUAUGAACUAGCUGUUUUUUUUUCAUCUGGGGGUAAAAAAAUUAUAGUAAUUUCAGAAGAUGGUAUAAUCAACUUAAAAGACAACUAUGCUAAAUCUGAAUAAUUCGUGCAGGAAGCUAAAAUUACGUUCUUUUUAAUGUCACCCAAUUUGCUUCUGUGUAGUUAGUAAAAUAGCUUUUAUAGUGGGAAUAGCACGAAUUUAAUCAAUAAUGGAGAAUAAAAUAGCUAUCCGAAAACUACAUGAAUAUCAGCCAUCUUGGGACUGGUAUGAUGAGCAAUAUAAUGCAUACGCACAAUGAAGAUUGAAGUAAAAUGCAUGAUAUCAAAAUUUACGGAUUAGUUUUUUUGUGGCAGUGUUAUCGUUAAUGAAUGGGAAGUGUUGGUAAAGGAGGAAUAAUUACAGGUUGUGAACUGUUAACAAUUUUAAUGUGUGUUAUCCGAUGGAUUGAUGUUCGAUAUUUUGUGCGAGUUCAAAGAUGCCAACAUAAUCAAAAAUGAACAGGGCUUCUCUAAAUCACAGCAAUAACUUGUAAUCUUAGCUUUACGGUUACUUGGUGCUGUUGAUUAUAUUUGUUUCUUUGAAUGUUCCUCGUGCUUGUUGAUCAGUGUAAACAUGUUCGGAGCAUCAAUAUCCUUGAGAGAAAUCAAACUCUAGAAGACAUGUUGCUAUAUGAACUUUUUUGUCAAAAAAAUAUAUCUUGAUCGAAAAUUAGUUCGUUUUACUAGGUCUGUUUAUCAAAUAACUAGGAAUCGUGAAGAUCACAAAUUUGAUGCUAGCGUUUUUCUUUAAUAAUUACCGUUCAUCAGACCGAUUAAGUGGGAUAUUAACAACUCAAUAAAUUAAUAGAAUCUAAAUAGAAAAAUUACUAGGGAUGUGUUUAACUAAACUAGAGUCAAUUGAUUUAUACAAGGCAGUUCGGAGCAGAGAAGCAUUGAUUUUGUUCCUCAAGAGGAGAGAUAUUAAGUUACUAAUUUGUUCUAUGAAAUAAUUCUAUAAGAAUUAUGUUUUUAUUUAUAAUUUCAUGCGGACGGAGAUAGUCAAGUAACGUAGUUGAUCAGGAGUAUGUGUUGAAUUUGUGGAAUGCACUGAAUUUGGUCUUAUUUCGCUCAUUACCUAUUAUUUAUAUUUUCUGCUGGUAUAUAACAAAUCAGUAGCAGCAUCGGAUGAUUGAGCAUGGUCAGAUCGAAACUUUAAUUAUAAUUACAAUUGCCGAAUUAUGAUUAUGCUGAA